AUGACUUUAUUAGCGUUGAACCGUGUUCGUUUGUUGAAUGUCUCGCGUUCCUCGGCAGGGGGCGCCGGGGAGUCGGUAUCAGCGCUCGCGACUCGCAGUCCGUGUAGUGUAGUAAGUACAGGACGCUCUUCUGCGAUGGUCAGCGCCAGACCCUUAACAGACCUCAACCAGAGUCCACCGCGAACGCAACUGCAAACGGACCCUCCGAGUUACUGGAGAGCGCGAUAAAUUGACGGAGUUAACGGAAAUACGGUUUCCUGACGAAUCUUCUCGAGUUUUGUGGUACUAUGCUAGAAUCCAAAUGCCAUUUGGACAUUCAGCCACCUGGAUCCGAAUGACACCUGUAGCCAGCCUCCAUGCUUACCAAACACUAUGCCAACACGCUGCACAGCAAUGGAUCUUUCUGUACGUGCCGUGGACCCCUUAAGGAGGGAUCUCUGAGUUUCUAGUGCCAUCAUCAUCACCCAGCUCUUCCUCUCCUUCUCUCUUCAGCAAUAAUCUCUUCAGUUAGUUUUUACUGGGACUUCAGAAGCAUAAGCAGCCGUCAUCACUGAUCUCAUCCCUAACCCAAAGGUUACGACGACGCUGUUUGAAGAUGGCAAAGCUUUUGUAUGUCACUGUGGUUUUGGCUGAAGUCUGCUUGCUUCUGAGGCUCUGUGCUGGAGCAGGUCAGAAUCCUGACCAUGUGCUACAGGGCACUGGAGUGAAGCCUGGCUCAGACUCCAGAAAGCCCGGGGACGGCUCUACUGUGGCACCAGAGGAUGCUGCCCGCUUCCUCAGCUGCCACUGCUCAGGACACUGUCCUGAUGACGCCAAGAACAGCACCUGCGAGACCAAUGGACAGUGCUUCGCCAUAAUUGAGGAAGAUGAAAAUGGAGAUGUGAUCUUAAGCUCAGGCUGUAUGAAAUAUGAGGGCUCUCACUUUCAGUGCAAGGAUUCACAGUUUGCACAGACACGUCGAACCAUUGAAUGCUGCCAGUUUGACUUCUGUAAUCGAGACCUAAAGCCAGAGUUACCGCCUCGAGACACUGAACCACCAGACCCUCACUGGCUGGCCUUCCUCAUUUCAGUGACUGUGUGCUUCUGCACCCUCAUCUGUGUCACUAUCAUCUGUUAUUACAGGUAUAAGUGGCAGACAGAGAGGCAACGCUACCACAGAGACCUGGAGCAGGACGAGGCCUUUAUCCCAGCAGGAGAUUCUCUGAAGGAUCUCAUCAACCAGUCUCAAACCUCAGGCAGUGGCUCUGGGCUCCCUCUGCUGGUGCAGCGCACCAUCGCCAAGCAGAUCCAGACAGUACGUCUUAUUGGAAAAGGCAGGUACGGAGAAGUAUGGCUCGGCCGGUGGAGGGGGGAGAAGGUAGCAGUGAAAGUUUUCUUCACUCGAGAGGAGGCCAGCUGGUUCAGAGAGACCGAGAUCUACCAAACUGUGCUCAUGAGACACGAGAACAUACUAGGUGCACUUCAUGUCAUUCGAAAUUAUCUCGUUCAUGUGUGGUGUUUGUUAUUGUAUAUCAGCUGUGUAACACAACUCUUUAAACUGUCUGAAGGUUUCAUUGCUGCUGACAUUAAUGGCACUGGAGCCUCCACGCAGCUGUACCUGAUCACAGACUACCACGAGAACGGCUCUCUGUAUGACUAUUUGAAGUUCACCACUCUGGACACGCAGGCCCUGCUUAAACUGGCCUACUCUGCAGCGUGUGGCUUGUGUCACCUGCACACGGAGAUCUACGGCACGCAGGGGAAACCUGCCAUCGCUCACAGAGACUUGAAGAGCAAGAACAUCCUCAUCAAGAAAAACGGCACCUGUUGCAUCGCUGACCUCGGGCUUGCUGUCAAAUUUAACAGUGACACAAAUGAAGUGGACAUUCCACUGAGCACACGUAUGGGCACCAGACGCUAUAUGGCUCCAGAGGUCCUGGACGAGACUCUGAAUAAGAACCACUUCCAGGCCUACAUCAUGGCAGACAUUUAUAGUUAUGGGCUGGUUAUAUGGGAAAUGGCCAGGCGCUGUGUCACUGGAGGUAUCGUUGAGGACUAUCAGCCACCAUAUCAUGAGAUGGUACCAUCAGAUCCAUCUUAUGAAGAUAUGCUUGAGGUUGUGUGUGUCAAAGGAUUGCGGCCCACUGUGUCCAACAGAUGGAACAGUGAUGAGUGUUUGAGGGCCAUGUUAAAGCUGAUGUCAGAAUGCUGGGCACACAACCCCGCAUCACGCCUGACCAUCCUACGAGUCAAGAAGACUUUAGCAAAAAUGGUGGAAUCUCAAGACAUUAAGAUCUGAGUGGCUUUUAUUUCAUCGCUGACUUCAUUGUCCCCUUCACAGAGCAGGAGAGUGUGUGCGAUGUUGACAUCUAACAAAACUAACUGUGAAACAUGGCAAGCUCUCGUUCUCUGCUGGAUCAGACGGUGGUGCCUUUGCUGCUUUCUGUGAAAGCUGUAUCGUUGCAAACUUGGAUCAGAGGAUUAUUUCAACAGACUGAAAUAGUAGAGUGGGAAAGAUUGACGUAAACCCCACUGCCUUACGAUACUCUCAAGUAAUUCUGCAUACGUUUCUUUAUAUUCUGGGAUAAACCUCCUGCCAUAUGGAUGAAAUGCUGUUGACUUCUCAUGGAAUCUUUGUAAAGCAUACUGUGAUUUAAUGUAUGAUCUGUAAUAUAUUAUAGUAAUAGAUGAACUGACAGCAGAGCAAAACUAUAUGCUAUCAAUAUAAUCGCGUCCAGUUAAGAGCUGUUGUAGACUAUCUGAUGUGUGGCAUUGAAAAAUCAUAAUUGAACUCUACAGAAGUUCUUCUCUCAUCCCCCACAGAACAGAUGCAUGCUGUUUUUCAGUAGAUGAGAUUUCAUUUGUCAAAAUGGUUGAUUAAACCAUAUUUUGAUUGCGGUUUUUAAAGCAUGCUAUUUUUAACAUCCUCAAAAUAGAAUACAUUCCCAGCGUGCAAGCAAGUGAACCAGCUGCCGAUACGUCUCCUUUUAAUUCGGCUUCUCGGAUCUCCUGCAGUCAGUAUGAACAACAACCCUUCAAAGUUGCCAAACUCAAGUGUAGUGUUUGUUUGGGGAUAGGUCGAUACAUUCCUGAGUUCACGUUAUUUGGAUGCUGGGUGCCGGUUUUUUGGUACGGAUUAUUAUGAAUGUGACUUUAGAGGAUUUGGUGAUAUUCUGACCAUAUAUAUGUCCUUGCCAAUAUUAUGAAUUGUGUUUAUAUUAAUGAGGAGGCUGAAGGUGAAGGGUACGACUGUAACAUCUGUUAGUCAUCAGUGAUUUAUAUUUCAGUAAGGGCUGCCAAAAUACGGUCUUGGUAACUGGUACGAUCCAAAACACACAUUGUUGCAUAACACGUUUACAGAACUCCCAUGCAGAUUUAAUUCUUCAGAAAAUGCAGUGUUGUGUUCUAGAAGUUUUUAUUAUUAUUAAUAUUAUUAUCCUCAGUGCCAAGUGAAAAGACCAGUGUGAUUUGUAAUAGUAACAGAACAAUUCACAGUAGUUUUUUCCACCACUAUCUGGAACCUAAAAGACAGGAUGUGUGAAUAUACAAUGUGCCAGACUAAGGUGCUUUGUCACAAUGCUUUCAGAACAGGAUGCCCAGAAAAGCCAAAAGGGCAUCUUGAUGAAACGAUAAUAAAUAAUAGAUCUAAGGAAACAUUAUCUCACUUUAGGGUGGAUAAUUUCAGCAUCCACUACAGUAUGCUAGAGAAACACUAGAUUUGGUGUAUAUGAAAAUACAUUUGUUGCUCUUAUUAUUAUACAAGAAGUAUGAAAAUUGAAUCUGUGAAAUUGGUUCUCCAUGUCAAAUGUAUUUCUGUGGCUAAAAGGGAUUUUAAAGUGUUAAGUUAGCUUUUGAUUGCAUUAAAAAAAAAGGAGUCAUGGCUAUUUCAGAAAAAUCUGUUUUUUAGUAAUUUUGCCUGCAUUUUCCCAAAUACUGAAUUUUUGCUUCUGUACUUCAUCCAAAAGCUAAGAAUGCACCUCCUCACUGUAAUCUGACAAAUGAAGUAUGUUGAAAAGAUGUUUUUCCCCUACUGUAUAUAAGUCUGUAGAUAUUUCAGUGUGCUCACUGUAGUAUCACCCAGCUCUUUCCUAUGUAAUAUAUUAAACAACCAGUCUAAUUUGGAAAAAAAAAA